AUGAGCGGAACACCAGUUGAUAAUGGAGAUGAAAUUAUUAUCUUUCAAAAGAAACAUAAAAAUCAAGAAAGUACUUCAACUGAAUCGAUUGAUUUGAAUGAUGACACAAAAGAAGAAGAUAUGGAUAAUGAUGAACUUAAAGAUAUGGGAUUAUUUGACAGUGUUUUUGUUAAUGUUCAAGGUAAUAAAAAGAUAUAUGGAGCACUUUGUUUAUUUAAAAAAAGGAAACAAUUAUUUAUAAGUUAUUUACCAAUGGAAGUUCGUACAAACGCAUCACUAAAGAGUUUUAUCACAAGAGAUACUACUGUUACUAAUAUCCAAGAUUACAAAAUUACUUUUCCAUUUAGAGAAAUUAUUGCUUUUAGUUAUGUCCAAACAAAAACAACAACCACAAUUACAUUUGAAAUGCAACAACGAUUAGCUCCAUUGAAAGUACCUCAAUAUGAGUUUGGAGGAAAGGGUCAUAAAGAACAAUACGAAAGUUUCUUUAAUACAAUCAGUCAAAAUUCAUUGUCUGAAAUUAAAAAAGAUGAAACACAUAAAAAUAGAUAUAUUGUAAUUUAUAAAUCUGAGUUAAAAUGUGACAUAGCAAAAUAUCAUCAAAAAGCAUAUUCACGUUUAAUUAAUCCACUAUUAGUUGAAAAAAGAAAAACAUUAAUUGCUCAAGAACAUAUCGAUACAAUGCAACCAGUUAGUAAAACUUUGUUAAAAACAUUAAUGGAUGAUAGUGGAUAUAUUAGUAGUUCUAAUAUGAAUGUUAUAAGAAAAGUAUUAUUAUAUAGAGGUUGUGAUGAUGAUGUCAGAGAAUUUGUAUGGAAAUUAUGUUUAGGAUAUUAUGAAGGUAAAAAUACACAAAAAGAAAGAAUGGAAUGGGAUGAGAAAAGGGCUAUCGAUUAUGAAAAGAUUAAACAAACAUGGACUAAUGUUAUUCCAGAAAUGAAAGAAAAUUGGGAUGAAUUUGCUAAAAUGGAAGAACAAAUAAAAAAAGAUGUAGUUCGAACAGAUAGGGAAGAUACUAAAUUUGAAAAAGAUGGAUGUCAGAAUUUAAAAACAUUGACAAAUGUAUUAAUGAGUAGUUCAAUGUUUAACAUGAAGAUAGGAUAUGGACAAGGAAUGAAUGAUAUAGUUGCUGUACUAAUGAGAAUUACUACAAAAGAACCAUCAUUGUUUUGGUUGUUUCAAUCAGUUAUGACUAUGUUACAAGGAUUUUAUUGUUCUAAUGCAAAUUAUUUAUAUAAAUUGUUAAAUAAAUUAGACCCAAUUAUUUCUUUAGUGAAUCCUGCAUUAGGUAAAUAUUUAAAAGAACAUGACAGCAAUAAUGUUUUUGCUUAUAAAUGGAUUGUACUAUUAUUUAAAAGAUAUAUUUCAGAUAGCUAUUUAUUAAGAAUAUGGGAUUCUAUCUUUGCAUUUCCAACUUCAAAAUUCUACUAUUUCCUUGUUGUUGCUUUAAUUAAAGAAUAUGCAGAUGAUAUCAUUGAUAAUCAAAUGGACUUUGAUGAUUUGUUUGUUCUCUUCCAAAGUCUUGGUCCAGAAAUUGGUGUUGAUAUUAUUUUUGAUGCGGACUUAAUCCUUCAAGAAUUUAUGCAUAUCUCACAGCCAUCAGUAUUAACUGAUUUUCUCAAGAAUGAACCUAUCCCAAAAUGA